AUGAUUAACUCCUCUUCCAGAAAAGUUUAUUUCCUGUUAUGUAGAUUCGGCGACAAACAAAUGUCCUCCAUCCCCAAGGAAAUGCGAGCCUGGGAAAUUCACAAAUACGAGCCAACGCUUGAUUUGGUUUUGGAGAAGGAACUUAAGCUUACUACCACUCGCCGACCACUGAUCAAGGCACCACGCGAUCUGGUGGUGCGCACUGAAGCGGCAUCUGUCAAUCCGAUUGAUGGCUACACUUUAACUGGCUAUGGCUCGAAGGUGCUCAAGCUUCGUCGGUGUUUAUCCAUGAAGCUUAAAUCUGACGACUUCCCCUUCACACCCGGUCGCGAUUUCGCCGGUGUUGUGGUAGAAUCGGGCCCAGAAGCGACGACAAAUUUUCCGCCGGGAACCCCUGUUAUGGGUGCUUUUAUGGCCCACAUGAGCAGCCAGGGUAGUGGAUGUCUUGCUGAGUACAUUCGCUGUUCAUCGGCUGUGGUUGCGCGGAGGCCAGACAAGUUGGAUCCUGUGGACGCUGCGGCGGUGAGCUACGCCGGCCUCACCGCGUGGUCAGCCUUAAAGCACGCUGGCCUGGACCCAGCAGAAGGCACUAGUGAUGGCUCCAAGAGGGUGUUGGUGACGGCUGCAACGGGUGCGGUAGGCGCGAUAGCCGCCCAGUUAGCCAGGAUUGCGGGGGCCUCGUAUGUAGCGGUCACCUGCUUGGCGAGGGUGAACAAGGAAGACAUGAAGACGAAGCUCGGUGUUGAUGAUGUGAUUUUGGUUCCUGAACUACCGUCAGUGUCAGAUACGUUUGACGUCAUCAUUGAUUGUGUUAGGCCUGAGAUUUUGAAGGACAAUAUUGAACACUCCUGGCCGAAGCGGGAAGACGUCGAAAUUGACAAGCACUUCCCUCUCAUGCAGAAUUUGUCCUCGAAUCCGGGCUCGCGUUACGUGUCAGUUAACCCUCCGCUGUUCACAUUUGUUGAUCAUUGGGGUCUCAUGCUUGGAGUCGGCGCGUCACUUGCCCCCCUCUUCCACUCAAAGUUCCACUCGCUUUUUCACCAGCGCACCUCAAGCCCCCUACGCUGGGCGUUAUUCGAGCCGAACGGGAAGCGUCUGGAAAUGCUUGCUGAUUGGGUGGUUCAAGGUCGAAUCCACGUGCCAAUCGAAAAGGUGUUCCCCUUUGAUCAGGUUCCCGAGGCACUCCGAAAGAUGGCUGGACGCGGUAAUAAUGGGAAGAUUGUGGUGAAGUUUGAUUAG